AUGGGAGCCAAAGAUAUCCUUACUUCUCUGAGGUGGAUUAGAGACAAUAUAGGCUACUUCAAUGGUGAUAUAAAUAAGGUCACGGUAUUUGGCUCUGGGUCUACCGCCCCUAUAGUAGCUUCCUUGCUGUUAUCUGCAGCUGGAGAAGAUUUAUUCAGUAGAGUGAUCAUCCAAGACGGCAGUGCUUUAUCUCCAGCCGACUACAGAAGUUACAACUUCGAGAUUAUGAAUAAAUUAUACUGGAAUCUAAACGGACCAUUCGAAAAAUUCAAUAGAACCAAGUUGUACGAAUUGCUCUCAAAGAGCUCAGUGAAGCAGUUGUUUGUGGCCAGCUACGAUCUGUUCGAUAGCACCGAAGUUCGAGAUAAUCAGAGGCUUAUCAAUUCAUUUUCCCCAACUGUCGAAGUAUCAGGAAAAGGCGCUUUCAUGAACAAAUUCCCCUCCGAAGUAUACAAGCGAAAGAUUACCAAUAAUGCGGUGGAAGUUAUGAUAGGAUACACCAACUUAGAUUCUCUCCACAAACUCGAUGGUUUUGUGAGAAACAAGAAACUCUUGAAGUAUUUAAAUUAUAACUUUCAGUAUUUAUUACCUUUCGAAGGGAGGAGAGACGAAUACGGAUCGAAGCUGUACAGAAAGAUACGAAGGAAUAUAAUGGAUUUCUAUUUUGUUAAUGGGACUGUCGGAGAGAGGAGCUUGAGGAGGUACGCGAAGUAUGUGUCGGACCAAGUGAUUUAUCCGAUACUUCGGCAGGCGAGCUUGCACAGCCAAGUGUCGUGUAAUAAUGUUUACCUGUACCGCUUCACUCAUCGCGGGCCGUUCAACAUCGUGUGGAACACGUACCUGCGCAAUUUGAACUUGAACGGAGCCACUUCGGGCGACGAAAUCUGUUACCAAUUUAAAUGUAAAUCUUUGAGGACUGCCUACAAUACAGUGGAGGCUUCAAAUGAAAGGCUCUUCAUUAAGAAGAUUGCGAGAUUAUUGGCAAAUUUUGCUAAACACGGGUAA